AUGGGGAAUUUUUCUCGUCAGAUGAGGAUUUCGUCAGCUCUGCUGAAGCGCCUGCAGUCGCGGCAGGGAGCUGCUGCUGCCGCCGGCGGGAAUGCGGGUGGCGCUAGGUUGUUUACCACAACGGAGGGACACCGCCCUACGAUAGUCCAUAAGCGGAGCCUGGAUAUUCUCCACGAUCCGUGGUUCAACAAGGGAACUGCAUUUUCGAUGACAGAGCGUGACCGUCUUCACCUUCGCGGCUUACUGCCUCCAAACGUCAUGUCUUCUGAACAACAGAUUGAACGUUUUAUGGCGGACUUGAAGAGGCUUCAACUAAGUGCUAGAGAUGGUCCAUCCGAUCCAUACAAUUUGGCUAAAUGGCGCAUUCUGAACCGUUUGCAUGAUAGAAAUGAGACAAUGUAUUAUAAGGUUCUUAUUGACAAUAUUGAGGAAUAUGCGCCUAUAGUCUACACGCCUACUGUUGGUCUUGUAUGUCAGAAGUACAGUGGCUUAUUCAGGAGACCUAGGGGGAUGUAUUUUAGUGCAGCAGAUCGUGGAGAAAUGAUGUCAAUGGUUUACAACUGGCCAGCAGAUCAGGUUGAUAUGAUUGUUGUAACCGAUGGAAGCAGAAUAUUGGGUCUUGGAGAUCUCGGAGUUCAGGGAAUUGGAAUUGCAAUUGGGAAAUUGGAUCUUUAUGUUGCUGCUGCAGGGAUAAACCCACAAAGGGUACUCCCUGUCAUGAUUGACGUGGGAACAAACAAUGAGCAGCUUUUGAAAGACCCUUUGUAUUUGGGAUUGCAAGAGCAUCGUCUUGAUGGGGAGGAGUAUCUUGCGGUUAUAGAUGAAUUCAUGGAAGCGGUUUUUACCCGUUGGCCUCAUGUGAUUGUCCAGUUUGAAGAUUUUCAAAGUAAGUGGGCAUUCAAAUUGUUGCAGCGUUAUAGGAACAACUACAGAAUGUUCAAUGAUGAUGUUCAGGGAACAGCAGGUGUUGCUCUUGCUGGUCUGUUAGGAGCUGUAAGAGCACAAGGAAGACCAAUGAUUGACUUCCCAAAGAUGAAGACUGUAGUUGCUGGUGCUGGGAGUGCCGGAAUAGGCGUUCUCAAUGCUGCAAGGAAAACAAUGGCGAGAAUGCUUGGGGACACCGAUAUUGCUUUUGAAAGUGCGAGGAGUCAAUUUUGGGUAGUUGAUGCCAAUGGACUUAUAACCGAAGCACGUGAAAACAUUGAUCCAGAUGCUCGCCCAUUUGCUAGGAAGGUCAAAGAAACUGAACGGCAAGGGCUGACAGAAGGGGCACAUCUCGUAGAUGUGGUUCGGCAAAUCAAACCCGAUGUGCUUUUAGGAUUGUCUGCUGUAGGAGGUUUGUUUUCCAAAGAGGUAUUAGAAGCUCUGAAAGGUUCAACUUCCACAAGACCAGCAAUUUUUCCAAUGUCUAACCCCACAAAAAAUGCUGAGUGCACUCCAGAGGAAGCAUUUUCCAUGGUUGGUGACCACAUCAUAUUUGGAAGUGGAAGUCCAUUUAACAAUGUUGAUUUAGGAAAUGGUCACAUUGGCCACUGCAACCAAGCAAAUAACAUGUUUCUUUUCCCUGGGAUUGGGCUUGGAACACUUCUGUCGGGAUCUAAAAUUGUCUCAGAUGGGAUGCUACAAGCAGCAGCUGAAUGCCUAGCCGCGUACAUGACCGAGGAAGAAGUACUCCAAGGCAUAAUAUAUCCAUCAAUAUCCAGAAUACGCGAUAUAACAAAGGAAGUAGCUGCAGCAGUCAUUACAGAAGCCAUAGAAGAGGAUCUUGCAGAAGGAUACCGCGAGAUGGAUGCCCGCGAAUUGCACAAACUCAAUCAGGAUGAAAUUAGAACUUAUGUACUGAACAACAUGUGGAGUCCUGAAUAUCCAACCCUUGUUUACAAGAAGGAUUGA